CUUCGAAAUCAUAGCAGUUUAGACGUCAGAAAUCAAAAACUCUUGGCAGGGGAGGGUUUAUAUGUUUUCUGCUUCUCUUCACUGAAAGAAAAAGAGGGAGUCUUUCUUCUUCGUCUAGCGUUGCCGCCGGACGCAAAAACAGCGAUGGGGAGCACUGCAGUGGAGAAGACUGCAGAGGAGCUCCGUAAAGAGAUCGAAGAGCUUCACCGUCAGCAGUGGGAGAUCACCGAGCGCCUUCGUGACCCUAGGGGUCUUCGCCGAGGGGUCGGCAAUGGACCCAGAAAUUUCGGCACCAGCGGAGCAGCACGUCGAGGAUUUGUCAGACCGGCCGAUAGGGUUGAUUCUGAAGAUCAGCCUCCUGCAAAAAGAAGACUCUCUUCAGCUGUUGUCAAGAUAGAGGACGGAGAGGUCGUUGAGGCUACAGGCGGAGAGAAGGAUGUGGAAGAGAAGGCUUCAGCUGUAGAAGAUGGCAGCGGUGGCGAUGCUGCCACUGAGAAUGAGAGAGAUAGAAGGCCAUUGAAUCCCCAAUUGCAGAAUCAGCGUGGUGGAAUUAGAAGAGAUCGGAGGGCAGCUAAUGCGGAUUUGGAUAUUCCGACAGAGCAGAUUCCUAGGGUUUUGCCGAAGGACGAGGACCCACGUUUGGUAAAUAGGAACAGGAGAAUGCUUGGUCAGCUUUUGGGCACACUGGAGAAAUUCCAGAAAGAAGACAUGCAUCUAUCAGCAACUGAGGCAUAUAUGCGUCGAUCUAAUUCAUUACAAAGAGCUGAACAAAGGGCACGUGAAGAAAGUGAAAAACUACGGCAGCAGGAGCGCGAACAAAUUGCAGAAAAACGAAAGCGGGAUCUGACUCUGCGAGCACGUGUUGCUGCCAAGGCUGAAGAAAAGAAGUUGGAGCUGCUGUUCCUUCAGUGGAGUGAGCAUCAUAAAAAUCUUAGCAAUUUUCUAAGGACCAAGACUGAGCCUCCAAUAUUUUAUUUGCCUGCCAAACCUUUGGAGGAUGAUCUAGCCUCAGUUGAGGAGCGUAAAGAAAAGGCUUUUCUAGAAUGGAAAGCUGCCAGAAGGGAGGAGCUAUCCACGUAUCAGAAGCAAAUAGCAGAACAGUAUAUCGCCAAUGUGGAAACAGAACUCCAAAGGUGGCAAAAUGCAAGGAAUUCACGAAAAGCAAACAACAAUAUGAACCUGCAAGAGACAAUGGACAAAGAGCUGGAGACCCACAGGCUCGAGCAUGGACCAAAAACAAGGAAGAUCCCUGGAACAGUUGACAAUGAUGAUGAGGAUGUUGAAGAUAUCAAUGUUGGAGAAGAUGAUAUGAUGAUGGAUGAUGUGCUUGAGGUUGAUGAUGCAGCAAAGCCCGAAGCAGAUAAUACCAGUCCAAGUCCUGACAAUCUAGACCAAUAACAAUCUGUCCAUGCUCAGUGCUGGUAAUAUAUGUUAGAAUUCUAGCCGACCAUGGAUUGUUUUUUUGCUGUUACAAUGUUAUAUUAUAUCGUUUGGGAGUUAUGGUUAGAUUAAUUCAUCUUAUUUCUUGCUAAGGCUUUAUUGUUGGCCAAGAAUGCUUGUGCUUUCCUGAACAUAUGUAAACUUUUGUAGUUUAGUGGUUUGAUUGUCUUGUUAGCAUAUAAAUUUCAAUUCUGAUCC